AUUCUUAUCACUUUCAUAGAGAAGCUGGUGAUUUAGCUUUCUAAUAAGAGGACUUGCAUGUUACUCCUCCCUGUCUUCACUAGGGGUUUUGAAAAUCAGCAGAAGUUCUUAAUAUAUAAAUGAACAGCUAAAAAAAUCCUCACAAAUGAUGGGUGCAGCUUCAGCUGAUUUACUGACCAUUAUUCCAUACAAGGAGGACUUUUGGAGUAACCUACCUAACCUGGCCAUAAAUGCCUCAGAAAUUCAAAACAAUGCCACUUGUUCCUUAGAUGACAACUCACUGUCACUUGCUUUGAUAGUUUUUUACUCUAUUAUUUUUGUCGUUGGACUGGUUGGAAAUAUUAUAGCCCUGUUUUCUUUCCUGUGCAUUCAUCAGAAAAGGAAUUCUAUCCAAGUUUACUUGCUAAAUGUAGCCAUUGCAGACCUUCUGCUGAUCUUCUGUCUUCCCUUCCGAAUACUCUACCAUGUUACCAAAAACACUUGGCUGUUUGGACUGAUUUUAUGCAAGAUUGUAGGAACUCUAUUUUAUAUGAACAUGUACAUUAGCAUAGUACUGUUGGGACUAAUCAGUCUAGAUCGUUAUGUAAAAAUAAAUAAGUCUGUGAAGCGCCCUAAAAUGCUAACUACUAGACGAAGUAUACAUAUCUGUUGUACAGUGUGGGCAAUCGCACUAACAGGAUUUACAAUAGUAGUUGCACCAUCUUUCUUUAAGAGUGAGAACAGCAAUUCUACCAUGUGCUUUCAUUACCGAAAUAAACACAAUGCAAAGACAGAAGCAAUUUUAAAUUAUGUUAUUGUAAUCAUUUUUUGGAUAGUUUUUUUCCUUUUGAUACUUUCGUACGUUAAAAUUGCUAAGAACCUCCUGAAAAUUUCGAGGAAAAGAGCAAAUUUUCCCAAUGCUGGAAAAUACACCCAGACAGCAAGGAACUCCUUCAUUGUGCUCAUUAUUUUCACCAUCUGUUUUGUUCCUUACCACAUAUUCCGGUUUGUCUACAUUACAUCACAGUUACAAAAUCCAUCUUGUCAUUGGAAGGAAAUCAUUCACAAAUGCAACGAGGUGAUGCUCAUAUUCUCAUCUUUUAACAGCUGCUUAGACCCAGUUAUGUAUUUCCUAAUGUCCAGAAGUGUCCGUAAGACUGUAUUCCAACUUAUCUGCAGAAGACUUCAUGGAGAUUCAGGCCUAGCACUGGAAAGUACUUCAGAAAUAAAACUUGGACAAUAUACACAAGAGCGAUUUUCUACUACCACUCCCCACUCAAGUUCUUUAAAGAAGAAAUCUCUGAUUUGAUUGUUUAAAGGAAUGGAUAAUAACUUUUCUCUGUUGCUUCAGGAUUUGUAUCAAUUCAUCAUCACAUCAAUUUAAGAUUACCAAAUGCUAUACUGUACAGCUACUAAUCCUGCCUCUUUCUUCCUGGUAAAAUAAAAGAGAAGUCUUACUUCUGUUUGUGAAAAUAAGAAGUUGCUUUUCAGAAGUACUUCACUCUUGUUUAUCCAAGAAAACAAAAUAGGAAGUUCUCAGACAUCUUCUGUUGGACUAAACUAGAACACUAACUCUUUAAGGAAAUUUCCAUGAAGUGGAUUGAACACGUAUAAGGAAUCUUGUAUAUAGACAUUAAUAUAACAAACUUCUGUAUGUAAAUAAUGAAUUUUGUAAAAAAUAAUGUGUCCUAUUCAAAAGAGCUAUAUAAAUCAUUACAGAUUUUAUGUACUUCUCUGUUUUAAUAGGUUUCAAAUACAUCAGCGUUUUAACUA